GCUGACUGGGAGAUGAGGGAGUAAGCCACCCAGAAAUGUGGUCAGAGAGUUUGAGGAACAGUAAGUCCAGUGUGGCUGGGGGAGAGGGGCAUGUUGGGCAUUGGAGCAGAUGAAGUCUGAGUGGUAAGGAGUGGAGAUGGGCAUGGGUAGACAUUGGAAGGAUGUUGUGUUUUUACUCCAAGAGAAAUGGGAAGCCAGUGAAGGAUUCUGAAUGGUAUGAUAGACCUUGUUUUACUGUCUCAUAGUGUCCUGUUACAGUUACAGAUAAUUAUGUCCCAAGCAGUUUUUAAAGACAAGAAGAAAUGCAGCUUCUGUGUGAAUUUGAAUUCUGAAUAAGAACAAGUUGAAAUCAUCGCAGAAGGAUAAAGUUCGUCAGUUUAUGAUCUUCACACAAUCUAGUGAAAAAACAGCAGUAAGUUGUCUGUCCCAAAAUGACUGGAAGUUAGAUGUUGCAACAGACAAUUUUUUUCAAAAUCCUGAGCUUUAUAUACGAGAGAGUGUAAAAGGAUCAUUGGACAGGAAGAAGUUAGAACAGCUAUACAGUAGAUACAAAGAUCCUCAAGAUGAAAAUAAAAUUGGAAUAGAUGGUAUACAGCAGUUCUGUGAUGACCUGGCCCUCGAUCCAGCCAGCAUCAGUGUGUUAAUCAUCGCGUGGAAGUUCAGAGCAGCAACACAGUGCGAGUUCUCCAAACAGGAAUUCAUGGAUGGCAUGACAGAAUUAGGAUGUGACAGCAUAGAAAAACUAAAGGCCCAGAUACCCAAGAUGGAGCAAGAAUUGAAAGAACCGGGACGAUUUAAGGAUUUCUACCAGUUUACUUUUAAUUUUGCGAAGAAUCCAGGACAAAAAGGUUUAGAUCUAGAAAUGGCCAUUGCCUACUGGAAUUUAGUGCUUAAUGGAAGAUUUAAAUUCUUAGACUUAUGGAAUAAAUUUUUGUUGGAACAUCAUAAACGAUCAAUACCAAAAGAUACUUGGAAUCUUCUUUUAGACUUCAGUACAAUGAUUGCAGAUGACAUGUCUAAUUAUGAUGAAGAAGGAGCAUGGCCUGUUCUUAUUGAUGACUUUGUGGAAUUUGCACGCCCUCAAAUUGCUGGGACAAAAAGUACAACAGUGUAGCACUGAAGGAACCUUCUAGAAUGUACAUAGUCUGUACAAUAAAAACAACGGAAAAUUGCACAGUCAAUUUCUGCUGGCUGGACUGAACUGAAGAUCAAUCCUCACAAUUCAGACUGAGGGUUGAGACAAAACUUUAAGGAUACAUCUUGGACCAUAUCAUAUUUCAUUCUUCUAAUGGUGGUUUGGGCUUGUCUUCUAGUCUGGGCCGCUCUAAACAUUUAUUAUUCCAACAUUGUGGAUUUCAUCUUAUAUCUGUGGACCAUCCUAGUUUAUUCUCCCAUAAGUCUUAGAAGCUUUAUGGUGAUUAUUUUGAAGUUUCCAUUCUUGCAUAAAGCACAAUGCUGUCUUCAUCAGAAAACAAGUUUGGCAUAAGAAUUAAACAUAUGAACAUCACAGUUUAUAAAAACUUCUUAAAUAUAUGCUUUGGGCUAGUUGCAAAGACUAUGCUGAUAGCACUUCCAGUGAGAGUGAUAUAUUUAAGUGUACCAGAUCUGGAAUGGUGUUUUGGUAUGGGGGGAUUUUUUUUUUUUCCUGGCAAAUUACAUGUAUUGUUAAUGUGAGUAGAGUAUCUGAUGAAAAAAAGUCAAAAUAACCAACGUGAAAAAUUUUUAGGAUAACUUGGUGUGCCUACCCAAAAUUUUAUUGUGUUUUAGACCCUCGAUUUCAAAAGGUUCCACAGAACUAGUCUGCACUUAUCUUACCCAUGUUUAUAUAUAGUUGUCUUACAGGGGCUUUUAUUUAGAAAAACAUCUGCAUAAUGUUAGAUUCUACUCCCGUCUACAUUAUGCACCUCAUAAUUGGAUUUCAUUAUGAUUUUGAAAUGCUUAUAUGCCUGUUGAGUAAGUUAAACUAUUUAAUUUGUUUGAAUGUUUUAGAUUGCUACAUAAUACAAUAUUCUAAAUUUAGGCAUGAGGGUUUAUUUUUGUUUUGUUUUUUUUUUUUUGUCAGCACACUAUGGAACACAAAUGAAAUUCUCUUAAUUUAUAAGAAGAUAGUAGGAAUUAAAUUUUGAAAAUGGUUGUAAUGAGCCAUGAAGUUCAAUUCUUAUAGGUACUGCUCUUUCAGAAAAAUAGUCCAUUUUUGAUGACUUCUUAUUUUGUUGAAAUUGUUUUAACUGCUAAUCACUGUGGUUGCCAAAUACUUGAGGAGCAAAGAUUUUCAAGCAAGCAUGCACUUGAUGCAAAAUACAAAUCUGGCUUCUAUUUUCAUAAAUUAUUUAGUUUCUACUAUGUUUUAUUUCACUCAGCUCAGUUUUCACAUCAAAGCAGACCUGUAUCUUGUGUCUAUUUUUUUUAUUACAAGACCCGUGAACUGCUUUCAUGCUGAAAAUGCUCAUUUCUCUGUUCACUUCUUGACACGUGAAGAAGGGUUUAUUGCUUUUUUAAACAUUUCUUCAAGGCCGGUUUAAAAAAUGUAAAACUUCAGAGAUUGGAUGACUGGUUUUUAGCAGGAGUAGAUUUUGCUUGGUGUAUCCAGGCACUCUGUAAGGUCUAAUGUUGAAAUUAUCAAAGGAAUGUACUUCAGGAAAGCAGUACAUUAUAAUGUAGAUGCGGAAAUGAUUUAAAAAAACUUAUAUAUUAAAGCUACUUUUUAUUUACAUGAUUUUGAAAUUGACUAGAAAGCUCUUCCCAUAGAUAUUAACAUUCUAAUCAUAACUUUAAUUAAAAAAUAUGAUUCUAUCAAAAGAAAAUUUUGAAAAUUUCUAUUCAGGUUACUGGAAUUGGUUAUUGAAAGAAAAAAGAAGAAUCCUGCUGCUUUCAGUAUUUCCUGAUUUCAUAUUUGUAAAUAUUAAGAGGAACUUCAAUUAUGAAAUAUUUUAAUAAGAUAUAUAUAUAUAUAUAUGUACUAUUUUGUUUCCUGUCUUAAAGAUUUUGAGUUACGGUAUUGUUUUUGGAUUGAUUAAUUAAUUCCAGUACGCUGUGUUUUGAAAUGAGAUCCGAUUAGCUUUUUUCCCCCAAUAUAAAUUGUUUUUCAUAAAAGUCUGAUAUUGGUUCGUGGCCUAGUGCCUUGGGUUCUACAGACUUUUCCUUUUAAAUGCAAGACCUUUUCAACAAAAUAGUGUUUGUCAUCAGUUUGGUACUAAACAUUUAUAAUUACUGUGUAAUUAUAAACAAAACAAUACAUAAAGCUUUGAAUAUAAUUAUGUAGCAUAAAAGUUAAGGUUGUUAACUCUAUGAUGGCAUCUUAGAAUUAAACAAUACUAUUACUAGGGCCUGAAAGAGAAGACUGAUUUAAUGUGGUGUGAUUUUUCUGAGGAUAAAUGUCUGCUUACAGGGAAUAUUUUGUACUAAGAAUGCUUACACAUAAUGGCCAUGUGUGUGUGAGUGUGUGUGAAAGAGUGAGAUUGACAGGUUGAAAGGGACACAUAUGCUCACACACACACACAACUUGAAUUGCUUUAAUUAAUUAGUGUUUCAGUCUUUAUUUUGGUUAACUCCCCAUGCUGAUUCUUUGUUUUAAACUGAACCACAGGUACAGUUUCCUUUUUGCCAAAUGUCAAAACAGGUACACAUUUUAAAAUGUAAUGCUUUUUAAAUAGUAAAGUGUAUAAAAUUAGAAGUGCCCACAUAUAAAAAUACUUGAGAUCAAGGUUAUCUUUAGUGACUAUCAUCUGCAUAUCUCUGUAAGUUCAAUUGUGUUUCUUACAUCCCUGUCAUAUUACCAACAGAGGCAAUAAAAGCUUCAGUGAAAUUGC